CAUGGUCUGAAGUUUCUGGAAGUGUUUACUGACGAAUGUUUUAAUGUAUUUUGCAUACGAAUUGAGUCAUGUAUCAGUUAAGAUAACACUAAUUUAACCAAAAACAUGCUUUAAAUCUUGAAGAAGCUAUUAAUAAUAUUUUAAUUGAUUGGUAUAAUUUUAUUCUAUUAGUACAAUAUUUUAGUAUAAACUAAAGCGUACGUUUUAUCAUUGAAGGCUGGCAAUACUGCUACUAGAAAAUGUAUUGAUUAUGACUUCUAUGGUAUUUUGCAGGUGUUUACUAUGUUUGUUAGUUUUCUAUAGAUUCAUGUCCUUUAGAAGAUCAAAAUACCUCAAUCCUCAUAAGAAUGACAUGUUGUUGCCCUUUUUUAUGUAGUUUUGAAAGUAAUGAAUGUAAAACGUUCUCGAAAAAGCGAUUUGCCGGCAUCGAACCGGCACCGGAAGUUAUGCAUUUCUAGUGACUUCUCCAAUAAAACUUAUAUUGUAACUUUAUAAGUAAAGCAUAACUCUAUACAAUUAAAUUAUAAUUUGUUUGUAAAGGAGUAAUCCUCGAAUAUUCAGCCAACACGUGUCGGCUUAUUACAUGUUUGGCGGUUAUUUUUGCAUCAGAAUAAUCAGUCAUUCAUUUUCAUUUAAUCGUGAGUCAGCAGAUAGACUGAAGGUAUCUAGAUUUUUAAUUGAAAUCCCUACGAACUUCCAUUUUGGAAAACUAACCCCGUACAAACAGGGAUAACUGCCCAACACCCAAGACAAUGGAAUGGAAGCCAUAAUAAAAUUAAAUGUGCUACGAAACGUUUCGUUCUAUCAUAAUAUCAUUGCGUGUAGGCUUAAUUCAUGAAUAAAAAUUUACAUUUAUGCCAUGUUUUACUUAUAACUUAUCGGAAUAUAAGUAGGUACUUAAUAAACACAUACAAAAGGGGUAAAUCCCUACUUAUAUCGUUAAGACUACCUUAGCUAUGAACAUCAACGACGUGUAGCUAAGUAAAGUUAACAGGUAGGUAUAAAAUGCAACGUCUGCAGUCUGCACCAAUGGACGGCGGGGCUGCGCUGCGCGGUCCCCCACAAAAUCAAUAUUUUGGCGGCAUUUUCUAGAACGUUUCUACCAAGCGCCGCAGGGGCGUGAUUUCAUUAGUACUUAGUUGUCAGCUGAAUUAGAUGACUAACACUGGUGUGAUAAGCAGGCUCAUAGGAACAAGAUACAUAAGUACAGUCUACUAGAAUAUUCAUAUGUGCAAAAUUCUAUGAAAAAAAAGCCAUCUGAUACCUAGAAAUACUUCAAAGUUCAGUACUGUAAGCUACAUUGUAGCUAGGUAUCAAAUUCUGCAAUAUUUCAUUUUAUACCGAAGUACGUAUAAACAAAGGUUUCAGCUUAUAACAAGUCAGUAGGUAUCAUUUACAAUGGUUUUCUAUUCCUAUUAACAAUGUUGCAACUCUCGAUUUCGCUUCGUGCUAAAAAAAAACACAUUAUCUAUAAGUACGUACGAACUACAGUCUCGUGAGUACACUCUCACACGUGGUAAAUUUUAGGUUAAUUUAUUUAAGAAUACAUACUUAUAUACAAUUACAUUUAUAUUGGAAUUUACAUAAAAUUGUAGCCAGGAAAACUUUGAAUAAGUUGUUAUUUAUAAAAACAAUGUUACAUUAGAAAAUCUAGUAGUUUCUGACAUUGAAAGUAGGAAGAAUAAAUUCUAGUGAAUGAUAAGAGCGGCCGGCGGGGUCAAUGACAUGACACUAGUUGUAAAAUCAAUAACGUGUGAAGAAAAUGAUUUAUUUCCUGUAUUAGGUUCAUUAACUGUUGCUAACUCGAUUAAAAACGUUACUGUUAUUGUUGAAAAUCACAUUUCUUUGUUCCAUUGUCAUCUUACAUCUUCUGAUGACUAUGCAUAUAGGGUGAGUCAACUCUUUCACUCGAUUAAAUACAGUUUUGCGCAGUUAGUAGUUAGGUACAAUUCCUAAAAUGGAUAAAGUAAUAAUUAUGGUUAUGUUAUGUUACCCCUAGAUUGUUCUAUGUCAUUCCACAAAGUUCUAUGGAACCGGAAAGUCCUGGUGUGAAUCGUAGAUAGCAGUAGCUACUGUGCUGCCCUCUAGUGUGGAGUAGCGAAAAUAAGCACCAUGACCUAUUUUUGUAAAUUGUCAUGAACGUUAACUAACCUUUUUCAAUAUUUUUUUUAAUAAAAGAAUAACCUAUAGCCCAGCAAGUUAGAGGACUAUUUUCAAUAAAUUAUCUGUUCAAAGACGUAAAAAAUAAAAAAACUGUAAUUGAUAAGAACGCCAUCUGUUGUUGAAUGUACUACAACUGCAUCGAACAUAACGAAUGUAUGAGUGUCAGCCACUUGUUACUAGAUGUCUCUGCUAGAACAUACUCGAACUUACUGUAAGGAACCAGAAAAUUCGUCGCUCUGUCUGCAUGAAAUAUAAAAGCGAUGCGCGCCUCUACCGGCGGCAGUAUUGAACUAAUCGCAAGCGAGUCGAGAGCUACAAGUUAGCGCGAAUUGAAGCUUCAAGUAACUUUACUUGAAUCCAAUUUUAACUACAAAGUUAUUCCGAGUUUACAAGUGAAAUAAAUUCAAUUAUCAAGAAAGAGCAAUGGCGCUUCUACCAUACUUAUUGGACGACCUGCGACCAAGACGUCUUCGGGAUCAAUUAUUCGGUUUGGAUCUCACUCCGGAGGACUUUUUGACCGAUAUUGUGGACCGGCCAGUACUCUCCGUGCGCAAGUACCUUCGCCCAUGGAGGAACCUCGCAGCGGUGGCCAGAGACGUCGGGUCUACCAUCAAGUCAGACAAGGACAAGUUCCAGGUGAAUCUGGACGUCCAGCAUUUUGAUCCUGAGGAGAUUUCUGUCAAAACAUCAGACGGAUAUGUGGUGAUUGAAGGCAAGCAUGAAGAGAGGAAGGAUGAGCAUGGCUUCGUGUCCCGUCACUUCAAGCGUCGGUACGCGUUGCCAGAAGGCUGUAACCCUGAAACCGUGGAGUCCCGGCUGUCUUCUGACGGGGUGCUCACAGUCGUAGCUCCGAAAAUAUCUGAGAAUAAGAACGAGAGAGCUAUUCCUAUCACUCAAACGGGACCCGUGAGGAGAAAGCACCAUGAUGAGGAAGAACAGGAGGUCAAUGGAAACGCCGAGGAAGAAGCCAAUGCGAAAUCACCGCAGAAAAAACGCAAGAAGUAGAAUUUAGUUACUCUGUUAAUUAGUUUUUUAAGUUUAAAUUAAGUUUCCGUAUUAUGAUAAGACUGAUCCAGAUUAAGUUUUCAAUAAAACAAUUGUGUUAAAACUUUA